GGCUGCGGCGAGCCGGUAGCGGGAGCUUGGCUCAGGUCCAGGACGCCCCCGCGCGCUCCCUCGCCGGGGCUCCCGCCUCCUGCCGGCCGCGCGCCCCGCGCUGGGCUGCAGGGAACUGCGGGCCGGACCUCGAGCUGCUGCCGGAGCUGCGCAGUCCGCGGAGCAGGGAAACUAAGAGCCGGCCCCGCCGCGGCUCUCCGCACGCCCCAGCCCAGGGGGCGCCUGGCACGGCGGCGGGGCUUGCAGCCUGCAGACUCCGCGUCCAGCCCGGGGGGCCGCCGCAGGGCCACCGGGCGUCCGCCUCAGCCGCGGGUGGCUGCUGACGUCAGGGAGGCAAAAACCAGAAGCAGAAGAGGAAAAAAAAAAAAAGGCACUGGAGCGGAAGGGGAAAAACUUUAUUUUUUUUUUGUCGUUUUCUCUUCAGCGGCUGAGGCGAAGGGCAGGCGCUCAGGACCCGGCCCCGGAGGCCCGACGGGGCGCCAGGCAUGUGGGACCCGCAGGAAUUCGCGCGCCACUGGCAGGCCGAGUUCCCCGGGGAGGAGGCACCAGUCAUGAAGCUGGACUCGGUCCUGGACAUGGAGCGGGAGCUGGAGCGCUGCAAACUCAACCUGAAGCGGCUGCAACAGGUGUUGGCUGAGGAGAAGUUCAAAGUCUCCUACCUGCAGGCCGCCCUGGCCGGGGAGACGCCGGACCUCGGCUGUGAGCGCGCGGCGGGUGGCAGCGGGGGCGCCCCGGCCGAGGAACCAGAGCCAGAGCCAGCCGGGCAGGCGCCAGAGCUGGAGCCCGAGCCGCGCGAGGAGGAGGAGGAGGGCGCAGCACGCUGCGGCGGAGGACCCCAAGGCCCUGCGCGCGCGGACCCUGAGGUGGCGGCGCCGCCCGAGGCGCUCCCACGCGCGUUCCCGGACCUCCCCGCCUGGCCCGGGGCGGCUGGCGCUGGGGGCGCGGUGCGCAGCUUGACCGCCGCCAUCCACCAGCAGCUGCUGCAGCCUCGCUUGCUGUUCCAACCGCGGGAGGACAGCGCGUCCCCCGGCCACGAUGGCUCGGGUGCGGGCGCCCCUGGAGAGCAGCGGUCCUCGGGCAGCAGCGCGGGGCGGGGCUCGGAGGAGGGCGAGCCGGACGCUUCGGGCGCUGACGAGUGGGGAGACAGCAGUGACCACGACUUCGAGAUGGUAGAUUUGAACGAGAAAUUUGUCCUCGGCCACUUGCUCAUGGCCCCUUGCCGUUUCGGUACCCGCGAGGAGGCCGAGAAGCGGGCACGGGCGUGCAGCCCCCACCGCUGGAUGCACCUGAUCCCCGGGGGCCGGCGGCAGCAGCGCCAAAGCCGCGACCAGGAGCAGGCGGAGGCGGAGACCAAGGACUGCCGGGGCUCACCUCUAGCCGAGGAUGAGCCCCUUAGACGCGGGGCCCGCGAGCACCUGCCCCCGUGGCGACGCAAGAGGUUCCUGCGGGUGCCCGAGCGGGAUUCACCCAGCCACAGCUCGCCUGAGAGGGGCAGCGACGGCAGUCGCAACAGCUCGGACCACGAGGACGGCUCCUCUGCAGACUUCAGCUACGGGGCGGACGACUACGACGCCGAGGGGCAUGAGGAGCAGAAGGGACCCCCGGAGGGCUCGGAGACCAUGCCAUACAUCGACGAGUCGCCCACCAUGUCGCCCCAGCUCAGUGCCCGCAGCCAGGGCGGCGGCGAGAGCAUCUCCCCCACCCCACCCGAGGGGCUGGCACCUGGGGUGGAGGCGGGGAAAGGCCUGGAGAUGCGGAAGCUGGUGCUCUCGGGGUUCCUGGCCAGCGAGGAGAUCUACAUUAACCAGCUGGAAGCCCUGCUGCUGCCCAUGAAGCCCCUGAAAGCCACGGCCACCACCUCGCAGCCCGUGCUCACCAUCCAGCAGAUCGAGACCAUCUUCUACAAGAUCCAGGACAUCUACGAGAUCCACAAGGAGUUCUACGACAACCUCUGCCCCAAGGUGCAGCAGUGGGACAGCCAGGUCACCAUGGGCCACCUCUUCCAGAAGCUGGCCAGCCAGCUGGGUGUGUACAAAGCGUUUGUGGAUAACUAUAAAGUCGCUCUGGAGACAGCUGAGAAGUGCAGCCAGUCCAACAACCAGUUCCAGAAGAUCUCAGAGGAACUCAAAGUGAAAGGUCCCAAGGACUCCAAGGACAGCCACACGUCCGUCACCAUGGAAGCUCUGCUCUACAAGCCCAUCGACAGAGUCACUCGGAGCACCCUGGUCCUGCACGACUUGCUGAAGCACACGCCUGUGGACCACCCAGACUACCCGCUGUUGCAGGAUGCCCUCCGCAUCUCCCAGAACUUCCUGUCUAGCAUCAACGAGGACAUCGACCCCCGUCGGACUGCAGUCACGACCCCCAAGGGGGAGACCCGGCAGCUGGUGAAGGACGGCUUCCUGGUGGAGGUGUCAGAGAGCUCGCGGAAGCUGCGGCACGUCUUCCUCUUCACUGAUGUCCUACUGUGUGCCAAGCUGAAGAAGACCUCCGCAGGGAAGCACCAGCAGUAUGACUGCAAGUGGUACAUCCCCCUGGCCGACUUGGUGUUUCCAUCCCCCGAGGAGUCUGAGGCCAGCCCCCAGGUGCAUCCCUUCCCCGACCACGAGCUGGAGGACAUGAAGAUGAAGAUCUCUGCCCUCAAGAGUGAGAUCCAGAAGGAGAAAGCCAACAAGGGACAGAGCCGGGCCAUCGAGCGCCUCAAAAAGAAGAUGUUUGAGAACGAGUUCCUGCUGCUGCUCAACUCCCCCACAAUCCCGUUUCGGAUCCACAAUCGGAAUGGAAAGAGCUACCUGUUCCUGCUAUCCUCCGACUAUGAGAGGUCAGAGUGGCGAGAAGCAAUUCAGAAACUACAGAAGAAAGAUCUCCAGGCCUUUGUCCUGAGCUCAGUGGAGCUCCAGGUGCUCACAGGAUCCUGUUUCAAGCUUAGGACUGUACACAACAUUCCUGUCACCAGCAAUAAAGAUGACGACGAGUCUCCAGGGCUCUAUGGCUUCCUCCACGUCAUCGUCCACUCGGCCAAGGGGUUUAAACAAUCAGCCAACCUGUACUGUACACUGGAGGUGGAUUCCUUUGGCUAUUUUGUCAGCAAAGCCAAAACCAGGGUGUUCCGGGACACGACAGAGCCCAAGUGGGACGAGGAGUUUGAGAUCGAGCUGGAGGGCUCCCAGUCCCUGCGGAUCCUGUGCUAUGAGAAGUGCUACGACAAGACCAAGGUCAACAAGGACAACAACGAGAUCGUGGACAAGAUCAUGGGCAAGGGACAGAUCCAGUUGGAUCCACAAACUGUUGAAACCAAGAACUGGCACACGGACGUGAUCGAGAUGAACGGGCAGAUCAAAGUGGAGUUCUCCAUGAAGUUCACCAGCCGGGACAUGAGCCUGAAGAGGACCCCGUCCAAAAAGCAGACCGGCGUCUUUGGGGUGAAGAUCAGCGUGGUGACUAAGCGGGAGCGCUCCAAGGUGCCCUACAUCGUGCGGCAGUGCGUGGAGGAAGUGGAGAAGCGGGGCAUCGAGGAGGUCGGCAUCUACCGGAUAUCGGGGGUGGCCACGGACAUCCAGGCGCUGAAGGCCGUCUUCGAUGCCAAUAACAAGGACAUCUUGCUGAUGCUGAGUGACAUGGACAUCAACGCCAUCGCCGGCACCCUCAAGCUCUACUUCCGGGAGCUGCCCGAACCCCUCCUCACAGACCGGCUUUACCCGGCCUUCAUGGAGGGCAUCGCCCUGUCAGACCCUGCUGCCAAGGAGAACUGCAUGAUGCACCUGCUCCGCUCCCUGCCCGACCCCAACCUCAUCACCUUCCUCUUCCUGCUGGAACACUUGAAAAGGGUUGCCGAGAAGGAGCCCAUCAACAAAAUGUCGCUCCACAACCUGGCUACCGUGUUUGGCCCCACGUUACUGAGACCCUCAGAAGUGGAGAGCAAAGCACAUCUCACGUCAGCCGCAGACAUCUGGUCCCACGACGUCAUGGCACAGGUCCAAGUCCUCCUCUACUACCUGCAGCACCCCCCCAUCUCCUUCGCCGAGUUGAAGCGGAACACACUGUACUUCUCCACCGACGUGUAGCCCGGGGCGGGGCCGGCUGCAGGGGCGGCGGGGCCAGCCUCACCAGCCGGGGGCCCUACACAGACUUGAAAGACUGCAGUGGGACACUCCCACGCCCGGACUCUAGGGCACACCGGCUCCCAGGAACUGGACCCUGUGCGUCUUUGUGGCACCUUGUACAGAGCCAGCUGGCCAGCCCCCAGCCGCAGUGCCGCGCCCCAGGCUCCCGCCCUCGUCCCUCUCUAGUCGUGUCUAAAGCUCCGUGCUGUUGGGGAUUGUUUUAUGUGUAUCUGUCAUGCAGAAGAGGUACUGACCACGCCGGUGUGGGCGCGCACAUAGCCUGCUUCGUUCUUCCAUUUCCUGCAGCACUCUCCUCCCGCGUCCGGUGCGAGGGCUUGGACUCUGCGCGGUGUUAACUGCUGCCAGCCUCUCUCCCGGCCCCGCCCCCAGACGGCAGUCCCUGGGCAGCCUCGCCUGCACCCACUGGCCCGCAUGCAUGGGCAGCCUCCGUCCUUGCUCUGUCACCCUGACGCAACUGAAGAGGCCCUGGGUGGCGGCGGCAGUGGCGGUCGCCUGAGGCUGCCGUGGGCCGCCCCAGCCUCUCCUUGCGCCCGUGGAAGCACACCUGCUUUGCCUUGCUGCCUGUGCAAAUGUUGGACAAGGAGACACUCACACUAACUGUCAGCUCAGCGCAGAGCUGGACAGCAGACUUCUGGACUUUUCCACCCGAGACUCUCCAUUUGCAGGGUUUGUCUUUUCUGCCUCUGGCCUACCCGUGAGGCUGUCUUUGACUGUUCUGCUUUUCGGUUCCUUUUCCCCCAUUGUUCUGUUUCCAUUGAGUGUAAAGGUUCACAGUAAGUGACUUCCCAUCCAGAGCGCUAGAGGGUCAGGCAGAAUCUGGGGAGGUGGGAGAGCACUGCUGAGGAGGCGGCAGGGCGGCAGGCAGAGGGAGGCCGCACAGCAUGGGUGGGGGACGCGGCUCGUAGAAGCCAGGCUUCCUGGGGGCCAGCGAGGCGGCUGAAGCAGGUGUCCGGACACGGGCAGGCUCCCCUGGGGAGGCCGGCCGGCACCUCGUGUACCUCACAGUACUUUUGCCUUAGAUUUCACAUUCUCCUCAGCCAAGCACUGCCACGGGGCAGCCCCCACGGCCACGUGUGCUCUGGGACCCGGGCAGGACAGGCCCAGGCCAGCAGGAGGCACGGCACCACCUGUCUCGGGACCGGGUGCUGCUGGGGCCCUCGCUGCGGACAGCUUGCUCCACAGUGGGGGCUCAGCAGGUCCCAUCCCCGACCUGAACCCAUUGCUCAGCACUGGGAAGGGCGGCUUCCUGUGGCAGAGGGGUUCCAGGCCCUCCGCUCUUGUUGCUCGUGCUCAGGGCGAAGUCUUGGAGGGGCUCACUGGCCUCAAGCUGCAGUGCGUUCUGAUCUGUUCACACCCGUGGCCUUCGGCACAGCGGUACCCGUCGCGUGCACGUCGGAGGAAGAGAUGCCUGAAGGAAGGAAGUAGUGGCCAGCCAGCCGCAGUCUACAGCUCAGUGAGGAGUUCUGCUCCCUGGGACAGGCGGCCGAGGAGGAAGACUGCCACUGGAGCCCGAGACCCCAGGCCUGCCCGUGCCCACCAUCUCCGCUUGGCACGCGGUUGGCCGCUGAGGUGUGGUGGGGCAGGCUCUGGCUCGCCUCUGACAGCGACGAGUCAGAGGUCCACGUGGCGGUAGUGACAGCCCAGAUGAGCGGCUCCCACUGCCCCAGCGCCAGGGCCACUCGCCUCCCAGCGUCGGGUAACAGCAGCCCGCAAGCUGGCCGAGCGUACACGAGAGCAGGAGCAGGCAGGUUGAUGAAGCUGGCCCCCAGAGGUGCAGGCUCACGUGCCGCACCUGGACUAAGCUGCACCCAGGAAAUCUGGGGCGGGUUCUCCUCAGACGGCCUGUGCAGGCCACGGUGUCACUGGGCCCGCAGGCUCCGGGUACGCCUGUCCUUGCUGGGCACCGGCUGAGGCUGCCAGUUUUUGCCGAUGGAGGUAGAAUGGGACCCCCCAUUAAUAUUUGACUUUAAUAAGGUGGUAAGGAUAUAUUUUUUGUCUAUGUUCCGUUUCAACUUAUGUAGAUUAUAAAUUGAUGUAAACCAUGUGAGAGGAAAAUGUUAAUUAAAAAAAAAAUGCGAAGCCCCAACAUUUGCACAAAACUCA